AUGGCCGGCGGAAGGGGCGGGCGACCGCCCGGGGCACUACAAAGCAAGGGGCCCCGGAGGCGUCUUGCUUGUGAUGCUGAAUAUGCUUCUGCCUCUUUUAAACAUGCUCAAAAGUAUGAAGAGUUAUUUAAAUUAGCUGAUCAAAAUGUGGAAGAACUGGAAAAUGACUUGGUCGAUGAAGAUAAUACUGAUAAUUUUCAAUUAGAUGAUAAUCCAGACGAUUAG